AUGGAUGUCAAAGAGCUGAAUGCGAAAAUUCAGGUGCCUGGCGGAGGAGAUGGUGGUCCUAUAGUACAUUCGACUCCACCUGCUCCACCACCACCCCCUUCGUCAAUUUCCUCUGCUGAUAGUGGAAGGGGAACUCUAUUGGCGGAAAUCCAAGCAGGUAAGCAGCUGCGUAGCGUUGCAGCGCACACAUCGCCUGAUUCUGGGAGAGAAAAACUGGGUACUGGAGAUGCCCGGGGCAAUGUGAUGGCUCAAAUACGACAAGGAGCUCAGCUCAAACACGUCGAUACGGUCGCUGAACAGGAAAAGAGGCGUUCUGAGAACACUACGGCUGAAAUGGGUGGAAUAGCCGGUGCUCUUGCCAAGGCACUAGAGGAACGUCGAAUGAACAUGGCCUUAGAUGAUUCGAGUGACGAAGAAGAGUCUGACGAGAAAAACGAAUGGUCCGACUAG